AUGGCCGAACCUGUCAAGACAACAUCUACUCAUUCAGGAAUUCUUCCCACAGGUGCCGAUGGAAAACCGCUCAAGCCAUGCUGCUCAUGUCCCGAGACUAAGAAGGCACGAGACCAAUGUGUAUUUGAGAAUGGCGAAGAGAACUGUGGGCCUUUGAUUCAAGCUCAUCUCAAAUGCAUGCGUGAUUUGGGCUUCAAGAUUUAA